AUGCCGGGGCAAGAUAUUGAGAGCAGCAGGGCGCAUAAGGGUGGAAAUAGGUCGUACGCGUCCGCGAAUGGGGAGAGGAAUUGGGUGUCGUGGCUGAUCCCGCUGUUCGUGGCGGCUAAUGUUGUGAUGUUUGUGGUCGAGAUGUAUCUCAACAACUGCCCGAAGCAUGUCAGUAGAAGGAGCGGUUCGAGGUUUGGGGAUUACGAGGAUAGGUGUGUGGCGAGGUUUCUCGGGAGGUUUUCUUUCCAGCCCUUGAGGGAAAAUCCUCUGUUCGGGCCUUCGUCUUCGACAUUAGAGAGAUUGGGUGCUCUUAAUUGGAAUAAGGUGGUCCAUCAGCAUCAAGGAUGGAGGCUCAUCUCGUGUAUCUGGUUGCAUGCUGGCAUCAUUCACUUGCUUGCAAAUAUGCUGAGUCUUGUCUUCAUAGGCAUUCGCCUCGAGCAGCAUUUUGGAUUCGUGCGUAUCGGCAUAAUCUACCUGUUAUCCGGACUUGGCGGGAGUGUAUUAUCCUCCUUAUUCAUACGAAACAGGAUAUCGGUUGGUGCAUCGGGUGCACUAUUCGGGCUUCUUGGUGCCAUGCUGUCGGAGUUGAUUACUAACUGGUCCAUAUAUACAAACAAGGUUGCUGCACUAUUGACACUAUUGGUGAUAGUCGCGAUUAACUUGGUUGUUGGUAUUUUGCCCCAUGUGGACAAUUUCGCCCAUAUUGGAGGAUUUCUGACCGGAUUUCUUCUUGGUUUUAUUUUACUGCCUCGUCCCCAGUUCGGGUGGGUAGAACGACACAAUCUUCCGGCUGGUGCUCGUGCGAGGUCCAAAUACAAGGCCUACCAGUAUGUGAUGUGGCUGGUUUCUCUUGUACUACUUUUCGUUGGGUUUGUUGUGGGGCUCGUGUUGCUGUUUAGGGGAGUAAACGGAUACGAGCGUUGCCACUGGUGCCGGUAUGCGAGCUGUGUUCCCACAUCGAAAUGGAAGUGUGAUGAAGAUUAG